CGCCAGACGGUGGCUGAGGAGGCAGCGGGAGGGGAUGGUGCGUCUGGUGGAGGCGGUGGCGGACGCCACUCUGGCUCCUCCAUCCCCCCGCGGUCGCCAUGGGUAUGAGUAGAGUCUCCCGGCCUGCGCAGAUAUGAGGCAUCUCUUAACAAGAUAAAACUUACAGAACCAUGGCUCAGUUUCCAACACCUUUUGGGGGCAACCUGGAUAUCUGGGCUAUUACUGUGGAGGAGAGAGCAAAACAUGAUCAGCAGUUCCACAGUCUGAAACCAACAUCUGGAUUUAUCACUGGUGAUCAAGCUAGAAACUUUUUUUUUCAAUCUGGGUUACCUCAACCGGUAUUAGCACAGAUAUGGGCUCUAGCUGACAUGAACAAUGAUGGGAGGAUGGAUCAGUUGGAGUUUUCAAUAGCUAUGAAACUUAUCAAAUUAAAACUACAAGGUUACCAACUCCCAUCUGCACUGCCUCCUGUCAUGAAGCAGCCACCUGUUGCUCUGCCUAGUGCCCCAGGAUUUGGUAUUGGGGGCAUUGCCAGCAUGCCAUCUCUUACAUCAGUUGCCCCAGUGCCAAUGGCAUCUAUUCCAGUAGUAGGAAUGUCUCCACCAUUAGUAUCUUCUGUUCCUGCAGCAGCAGUACCUCCCCUGGCUAAUGGAGCUCCUGCUGUUAUACAGCCUCUGCCUGCUUUUGCUCAUCCUGCCACAUUGCCAAAGAGUACUUCCUUUACUAGAUCUGGUCCAGGAUCACAGCUAAAUGCAAAACUACAAAAGGCACAAUCAUUUGAUGUGGCUAGUGUGCCUCCUGUGGCAGAGUGGGCUGUACCUCAGUCAUCGAGACUGAAGUACAGACAGCUGUUCAAUAGCCAUGAUAAAACAAUGAGUGGACACUUAACAGGUCCACAAGCAAGAACUAUUCUUAUGCAGUCAAGUUUACCACAGGCUCAGCUGGCUACAAUAUGGAAUCUUUCUGAUAUUGAUCAAGAUGGAAAACUUACAGCUGAAGAGUUUAUUCUGGCUAUGCACUUAAUUGAUGUAGCUAUGUCUGGUCAGCCACUGCCACCUGUACUGCCUCCAGAGUAUAUUCCACCUUCUUUUAGAAGAGUACGCUCUGGUAGUGGCAUAUCUGCUGGAAGUUCAGUGUCUGCAGACCAAAGGUUACCAGAAGAACCAGCAUUAGAAGAUGAACAGCAGCAACUGGAAAAGAAGCUACCCGUUACAUUUGAAGAUAAAAAACGGGAGAACUUCGAACGUGGCAAUCUAGAACUUGAGAAACGGAGGCAGGCUCUCUUGGAACAGCAACGGAAAGAGCAAGAACGUCUAGCACAGCUGGAACGGGCAGAGCAGGAAAGGAAAGAACGUGAGCGGCAGGAGCAAGAACGUAAAAGACAACUGGAGCUAGAGAAACAGCUGGAAAAACAACGGGAAUUGGAACGGCAGAGAGAAGAGGAAAGGAGAAAAGAAAUAGAAAGAAGAGAGGCUGCAAAACGGGAACUUGAGAGGCAGAGGCAACUUGAGUGGGAGCGAAAUCGUCGGCAAGAACUACUAAAUCAAAGAAACAAAGAACAAGAGGAUAUAGUUGUUCUGAAGGCAAAGAAAAAGACCUUAGAAUUUGAGCUGGAAGCUCUAAAUGAUAAAAAAAAUCAGCUGGAGGGAAAGCUUCAGGAUAUCAGAUGUCGGCUGUCUACCCAAAGACAAGAAAUCGAAAGUACAAAUAAAUCUAGGGAACUGAGAAUUGCCGAAAUCACCCAUUUGCAACAGCAGCUACAGGAAUCUCAGCAGAUGCUUGGAAGGUUGAUUCCAGAAAAGCAAUUGCUUAAUGAUCAGCUGAAGCAAGUUCAACAGAACAGUUUGCACAGAGAUUCUCUUCUUACUAUCAAAAGAGCCUUAGAAACCAAGGAACUAGCACGUCAACAGCUUCGAGAUCAACUAGAUGAAGUAGAAAAAGAAACCAGAUCUAAACUUCAGGAAAUUGAUAUUUUCAAUAAUCAACUGAAGGAGCUGAGAGAAAUACAUAACAAACAGCAGCUACAAAAGCAAAAGAACUUGGAAGCUGAGAGGCUGAAACAGAAGGAACAAGAAAGGAAAACGGAACUGGAAAAGCAAAAAGAAGCUCAAAGACGAAUUCAGGAACGAGAUAAACAGCGGCUUGAUCGAGUGCAACCAGAAGAAGAACUUCAGUGGCAAAAAAAAAUUCAAGAAGAUGAAAAGCAAAAAAGGGAAGAAAUAACCAAGAAGAAGGAAAGUGAUGAUAAGGGGAAACAGGAAAUGCAAGAGAAACUGAAUAAGCUUUUCCAACCACAUCAAGAGACAAUCAAGCCAGCUGUUCAGGCUCCUUGGUCAAAUGCAGAAAAAGCUCCUCUAACCAUUUCUGCUCAGGAGGAUGUAAAAAUAGUGUAUUAUAGAGCACUGUAUCCUUUUGAAUCAAGAAGCCACGAUGAAAUCAGUAUUCAGCCUGGCGACAUAGUCAUGGUGGAUGAAAGCCAGACUGGAGAGCCAGGGUGGCUUGGUGGAGAACUGAAGGGGAAAACUGGAUGGUUCCCUGCAAACUAUGCAGAGAAAAUACCUGAAAAUGAAGUUCCAGCUUCUGUAAAGCCAGCAGUUGAUGCAACUGCUGCACCUAAAGUUUCUGUGCAUGAAACCACUACAUCAAUAGGAACUCCUGCUUCUACAGAGUGUACUACAACUACCAAUAACUGGGCAGACUUCAGUUCAACCUGGCCAUCAAACACUAGUGAGAAACCAGAGACUGAUAAUUGGGAUGCCUGGGCAGCUCAGCCAUCUUUGACUGUUCCUAGUGCAGGGCAGAUGCGACAGCGAUCAGCCUUCACUCCUGCCACUGUUACAGGAUCAUCUCCCUCUCCUGUCUUGGGUCAGGGUGAAAAAGUGGAGGGGCUUCAAGCACAGGCUUUGUAUCCUUGGAGAGCAAAAAAAGACAACCACCUUAAUUUCAACAAAAAUGAUAUCAUCACAGUUUUGGAGCAGCAAGAUAUGUGGUGGUUCGGAGAGGUUCAAGGACAAAAGGGGUGGUUUCCUAAAUCGUAUGUGAAGCUUAUUUCAGGCCCCAUUAGGAAGUCAACGAGCAUGGAUUCUGGUUCCUCAGAAAGUCCUGCUAGUCUGAAAAGAGUAGCAUCACCAGCAGCAAAAGCAACCAUGUCAGGUGAAGAAUAUAUUGCUAUGUAUACUUAUGAGAGUUCUGAACAAGGAGACCUAACUUUUCAACAAGGUGAUAUGAUUCUUGUAACAAAGAAAGAUGGUGACUGGUGGACAGGAACGCUGGGUGAUAAAUCAGGAGUUUUCCCAUCUAACUAUGUGAGACUCAAAGAUUCUGAGGCUCCUGGAGCAGCUGGAAAAACAGGAAGUUUAGGGAAGAAACCUGAAAUUGCCCAAGUUAUUGCCUCUUACACAGCAACAGGUCCAGAACAGCUUACUCUUGCUCCUGGUCAGUUGAUUCUUAUCAGAAAGAAGAAUCCAGGUGGCUGGUGGGAAGGAGAGCUCCAAGCAAGAGGGAAAAAACGGCAGAUAGGAUGGUUCCCUGCUAAUUAUGUAAAACUUCUGAGCCCUGGUACCAGUAAAACUACACCAACCGAGCUACCUAAAUCAACAGCAUUACCUUCAGUGUGCCAAGUAAUUGGCAUGUAUGACUACACCGCACAGAAUGAUGAUGAGCUAGCAUUCAAUAAAGGCCAGAUUAUAAACGUCCUUAACAAGGAAGACCCAGACUGGUGGAAAGGGGAGGUGAAUGGACAAGUGGGUCUCUUUCCAUCCAACUAUGUGAAGCUGACAACAGACAUGGACCCAAGCCAGCAAUGGUGUGCAGACUUGCAUCUUCUGGAUAUGUUGACACCUACUGAAAGAAAAAGGCAGGGAUACAUCCAUGAGCUCAUUGUCACAGAAGAGAACUAUGUAAAUGAUCUACAGUUGGUCACAGAGAUCUUCCAGAAACCACUAAUGGAAUCUGAGCUGCUAACAGAAAAAGAAGUUGCUAUGAUUUUUGUUAAUUGGAAGGAGCUGAUUAUGUGCAAUAUAAAACUACUGAAGGCUUUGCGUGUGCGUAAGAAGAUGUCUGGAGAGAAGAUGCCAGUGAAAAUGAUUGGUGACAUACUGACAGCUCAGCUGCCACACAUGCAGCCAUACAUUCGGUUCUGUAGCUGCCAGCUCAAUGGAGCAGCACUCAUCCAGCAGAAGACAGAUGAAGUCCCCGAGUUCAAGGAGUUUGUUAAAAGGUUAGCAAUGGAUCCUCGCUGUAAAGGAAUGCCACUAUCAAGUUUUCUACUAAAGCCUAUGCAACGGGUAACAAGAUACCCACUAAUAAUUAAAAAUAUAAUAGAAAACACUCCGGAAAACCAUCCUGACCACAGUCACUUGAAGCAUGCUCUUGAGAAAGCAGAAGAAUUAUGUUCUCAAGUAAAUGAAGGCGUGCGGGAGAAGGAAAAUUCAGAUAGGCUGGAGUGGAUCCAGGCUCAUGUUCAGUGUGAAGGCCUGUCAGAGCAACUCGUAUUUAAUUCUGUUACAAACUGCCUGGGACCACGCAAGUUUCUGCACAGUGGGAAACUCUAUAAAGCCAAGAGUAACAAGGAACUGUAUGGCUUUCUGUUCAAUGAUUUCCUCCUCCUGACUCAGAUCAUAAAACCUCUUGGCUCUUCUGGCACAGACAAGGUCUUCAGCCCCAAAUCGAAUCUGCAGUACAAAAUGUACAAAACUCCCAUUUUUCUAAAUGAGGUACUAGUGAAAUUACCCACAGACCCUUCUGGAGAUGAACCCAUCUUCCAUAUCUCCCACAUUGAUAGAGUUUAUACCCUGCGGGCUGAAAGCAUUAAUGAAAGGACUGCCUGGGUUCAGAAGAUCAAAGCUGCUUCAGAACUUUACAUAGAGACUGAAAAGAAGAAGAGGGAAAAGGCCUACUUAGUUCGUUCACAAAGAGCAACAGGCAUUGGGAGGUUGAUGGUGAAUAUUGUUGAAGGCAUUGAACUAAAACCCUGUAGGUCCCAUGGAAAGAGUAACCCAUACUGUGAGGUGACGAUGGGCUCUCAGUGCCACAUUACCAAGACGAUACAGGACACCCUCAACCCCAAGUGGAACUCCAACUGCCAGUUCUUUAUCAAAGACCUUGAGCAGGAUGUGCUCUGCAUUACAGUGUUCGAGAGGGACCAGUUCUCCCCAGAUGACUUUUUGGGCAGAACAGAGAUCCGUGUGGCAGACAUUAAGAAGGAUCAGGGUUCAAAGGGACCAGUUACAAAGUGUCUCCUUCUACAUGAAGUUCCAACAGGAGAAAUAGUCGUCCGACUAGACCUGCAAUUGUUCGAUGAGCCUUAGAAGGAAAGGGACCAAUGUUUUCUUUCAGCCUGAGUUCACUGCAAUAGGUUUCUGCAGAAGCCGUCACAAAACCCUUACUGGUGUGGUAUGAAACUACUGCUUGCCCUUCACGUGUAAGAGGGUUAUCAAAGCAAACAGGAGCAUCUUUGUGCCUUGAUAAUUCUCACUGAGAAAUGAAUCCCAGUUUAGUGAGGAGACCUCCCUCAAUUUCUCUAUGAGGAACUUGAUGUUAGGGUUUAUGAAACAACCUAAAUGUUCGUUGUGCUCCAGUCUGAAAGGCUGGCAAACCAUGUAGGUUGCUGUGCUUGCUCCAGUUACCCUACUCUUUAAUUUAUAUGAAGAAGGCAAUGUUGGUAUGUUUUGGAGGCUUUCUGCAGGGUUUUCCCCCUUAAGGAAUUCUGUGUCUAUUGCUCAGCAAAGUGGCGUGUAAAUGUAAUGUGAGUGGAAGGAGCAGUUACGCAGUAAGAAGAUCUUUGGAGAUCUUCAUGAUGGUAUUGAAAAGACUUAGAUAAUAGAUAGUUUAUAUCUAUAAACAGAGAAGAUUCUAUUAACAUACCACUUCAUGAUGCACGUUGCCCCUGAAAAUAAAUUCUGUACAGGCCUUCUGCACAGAGAUGAAUUGCAGUCCAGAAAAGUCCACCCACUUGGUACCUUUGGAAAUUGCUGUUUUCUGUAGGACUGUAAGUGUUUGAACAGUAAGCAAAGGAUUAAAUGUAGAGCCCUGCUGUAUGUUGUGCUAUACCACUUCAAUGCUCCUUUCCUGCUGCUGCUUGACUGUCUGACCUCAGAUGGAUGAUCUGUCACCUGCAGUGGGGGAAUUCAGCAAAUCACAGCUCUAGCUCUGGCAGCUAAUUUCUACCCCACAGAGUCUAGUUUGCAAAGCAAUUAGUGGUGACCAGUUAUUAAAUUGGACCAUGCCUGUGUUUGACAUAGUGUCACUAAAUUCAGGGCAGCAGCAUUCUGUAGCUCACAAAGGUGUUUGUGGGAACCCGUGUGACCACAGGGUUGGUGGAAGCGAUACUGGAUGCAACCAGAAACAGUGCUUGUGAUGGUGCAGAGUGGGUGACCCCAAAGUAAAAGCCUUGUCAUAUGGGGGAAUGCCAGGGCUUAUAUAUCAAUUUAACUCUACAAAUACACACACACAUAGGCACACAUCCAGCAAACUUUCCCUGUUUGGCAGAGCAGCCAGCUUUAAGCUUGCACUUACAUCUUGUUUCCCUUAAGCACAUGUGUAAGUGCUUUGCUGAAUCUGGACUCGAGACAGAAUAGACCCCUAAGAGUGAAAUUCCUCUAUUCCUCUUUGUUCUCCUUGGAUUCAUUUUGUUCAUGACCUAUCAUGCAUACACUGGUAUUUUUGUAAGGACUUUCUUUCCGAAUGGGAGGUGUCAGCCUCUUUCAUUAGCAUGUGAACGUUCUUGUGGAGCCUGUUGUUAGGUUUUGGUGUUCCUUGCAUGUCCUUUCAGUACUGGUUUCACCUUUCCUGUAUAGGUGGUGUUCUCUAGCACUACAAGUCUUACUGAUUUCCAUUAGGAAAUUAGGAUAUAUUCAUAAUGGAUAGGUAGAUGCAGUAUGAUAGUAAGUGUAAACUGUGCUGGGAAGUGUCUGUGUAUUAUAAUUUCCUAAAAGACCACUGUAAUGUUUCAAGCAAUGGGAAAAAAAACCCAAGUAUGUUGGAGGGACAACAAAGUUUACAUUUCAUACUUAUCAGAAUCGCUUUAUUAUUUAUUUAUUGAAGAUAGUGUAGAAUUUUGUAUCAGAAAUGACAGACAUACUUAUGUAUUUUUUGAAACAAAACAGAGCUACACACUUUAGUUGGAAACUUUCAACUGACCACAUUUUAGAGGGAGUGUAACUUCCUAGGCAUGCAUUUGUUUACCACUAACUGGCUAAAAACACAAUUAAGAGAACUUUAAGUUUCUAUUUUUCAAUGUUGUUAAGAAAAUGCUUUCAAUUAAAAUAUGUAAAUAGUACUAAACCCAUGCUUUCCUAAUUCCAUAUCAAUACAUUUUAUUAAAUAUAAUGUAUAUGAAAAUACACAUUGUUGUGGUAGGAUAAAAAAGAGUGAUCAAAAUCUAUUAAUGGAGUAACAUUAAAUGUCAUUGUCUAACCUUUUAUCGCUGUCCUAAUUUUACUCAGUAGCUGUAAAUAUGGUGAACACUCAUUUCAGUGUUUAAAAAGUAGCAUCAUGUCUUUACGGUCUCAUUUCACCAGCAUGAAUUACAGUAACAGCUAAAUAGACAUAACAGGACAAAAAAACACAGUGUGUGCAACACAUAGAUCCUGGCCAUGUUUUCAAAGGGAGCCUCAAGGAGCUGCACCAGCCUCUGAGACACAACUGGUGCUGGAAGUGGGGAACCCUUAGCUGCAGGGGGCUCCUCUGAUUGCAACCCUUGUCAUGGACAUGUACAAUUGCACCAUUUUGGGGAACUGUAACGGAACUGAGCACCUUCCCAAGCACCAUCACUUGUGAUUUCCCACUGACUCUCAAUGCACAGGCGUGUUUAACUCCCAUUAACGUCAGAAGGAGUUACACAGAUAGGAUGAUGAUGAAAGACUGGAGUUUGGCUCACCAAUAUUUAAUGAAUCCCUCAUAAUGGGUCUAAUCCUAGAGAAAACUUGUCCUAAUCCCUCUGCAUUGAGGACAGAAUGUAUAUAUGCCCUUAGAGCCAGCCGACUGUGCAUCAGGAUGUCCCUGUUUUCUUAUUGCUUGCCCUCAGAGCUCUGUAGCAUAUUGGCACUGUUGGCUUCCCAGAUGGAGCUACUUUUCACUAGUGUUAGCCAAAAGUUCUUAGAAACCCAUUGACUCCAGCCUGGUUUUCCCUGUUCAGGUAUGCUCUCGUCUUGCACAUUGCUUUGCAUUAACUUCAUGGCUGUGUGUGGGCUACAGCUUUCUGCUUUUCUAUCCACCAUAGCUGCAUAGAUCUCCUGCUCAUCCAGGACUUACUGCUUUAAAGGACUUCAUGCUCUUUGCUGAAAGAGAAAAGAGACUCAUUCACUGUCUUCCUCCUAGUGUUUUCAUAGAGCAUACUGCAGUUUCUCAUAGGCUUGUUUAAAUGCCACCUAUAUUGAGGAAGGGAGAGGCACGCAGCAAUACCUAUGAAGUCAGGUAUCUCUUCCUGUCUUUAGAAAGCCAGCUGGCAUUUCCACAAUGUAUGAAGGCUGAGCUAUCCUCUUACAAGUACCACAUGCUGGCAGUCAGGCCAAACUCUGCUAGUCAGUGCUAACAGUAUUUAAUACCUACAUGUAGAUGCUAUUUUUCAGAUGCUGGUUAUUGAUAUCUCUGAAUACCUUCCUAAAAUAGCACACCUCAGCUCACAGGUCCCUUCUCCAGCCCCAUCAAGAUGUGUGUAAACUUUUCCUAACAUAAUGCAAAAUAACUGUAACAACAAAAUCGAAGCCCAGAAAAUGCUUUGAUCGCAUUUUGGAUUAAAAGAGCAGAUUCGUGUAGAUGAGCAUACUCACUACAACACAGAGCUUGUAAACCUGUUUUAUUCCCUUAGGUUCAUUAAUUUUAACAAGGAGAAUAGUGUUUCUCCUUAGUGCUUCCCUGGUUUUAAGGCCUGUAAUAGGGCUGAGUUAAUGGGUCAGAAACUGGAAGGGAACAACACUGGUUUUAGAAGUUACUCAAAUGACUUGUGAAAGAUGCUGGUAGCUGGGAGCAGUCAGGAUGUCAAUGCUGUGGCUGCAGACAGGAGAGGAUACUGAAGAAAAAGGAAAGUCUCUUUUUCUUCCUGGUUUUUGCUUUUUUUUUGGGGGGGUAGAUAGUUUAAGAUGGGAUCCACAGUCUCACAGCAGAACUUCAAUUAUCCAGGAUCCCAAACAUCCAUGAUAUAACAACAGUUAUUAAUAACAAACCCUGCAUUUGUCCUCAGCCUGGGAGAGCCACACUGGAUUUAGUGCAGCUUUCUGUUUAUGCGGGAGUUUGGAUGCACUUUCUUGUACAAGUGGAGCUUUGCGGUGUUUGUAAUACCUCUGUACACCUCCUUCCAGGAAUUCCCUUCUGAGGUAUAGGUCUGAAGUGCUUUGGCACUGUGCUGUUUCAAGGUGCUUUCACAAGGACUUCAUACACUUGUUAACAUUGCUGCCUGGCCCUUUGCUUUCCUGGUGCCACCCAGGCAGCUCUCAGGAACCAUCCGGAAGCGCAUGGGUCCAUGCCCUUUCCAUACAGGGGAACCAGCUGCACCACCAUCAGUGUGCCAGUUUUCUGUCUCUCAAAGACUUGUCCUUGUAGCAUGCAGUCAUAAGAGGUAGCUGCCAGCAAUGCCUUUAUACAUCAGCAGGGCAGAUGUCUGUUCUUUCACUUGCAUCAUCUCCAUCACUGCUGUGAUUGCUCUAAGGAUCAGCCUGGUCUUGUUGAUCCACCCUGGGAGCUUUUUCUCCCUGUGGACUGGAGGCAGCCCUUUAAGAGUUGCCUCUCAGGAAACCCACCUAAGCUCAUUUUCCACAGGUGCAGCUGGAAGCCAUUUUGUUCAUGGCAGCUUCAGCUCCCCCCUUUCCCAUGGUCCAGCCUGCCACCUGAGCACACACCCCUGCUGUCCUUCCCUGCUGUGCCAGACUGUGAGCUGGGCCCGUAGCCUCGGUUCAUUGCCAUAAGGGUUGAGGUUCAUGUCUGGGAUCAGCCAGGUCCCCUCUCAGACAUUAUUUUCUCCACCUGCUGAGCCUGCCGCCUCUCUCCAAGCCAAACACAGGCUGUGCUGCAUAAGUGAGCACAGCGGGUGACUGGAAAACACAUCUCACCUCAUCUCACUUCCCUGUUCUACCACGUUCCCUCUGGGUUUGUCUUCUGUGUAUGUCUUGUGAGUAAACUGGUGCUUCUGUCCUGUAAUUAAUUAAGUCCUUUGCAAAGCAUCACUCUUUCCUUCUCUCAAACCUCAGUUCCAAGAGCUCAGCUGUGUGGAACAGUGCUGUUUCAGGGACUUCUUUCCAGUCUUCUCCCUUGCAGCUCAUCUGCUAGCUGCCAUCUCUGGUGCAGCCCCUGGCUCAACAAGAACUUCAGCAGAUGCUUCACUUUAAUUUGUGCCCCAAUUUAGUGCAAAGGCAACAUAAAGACAGAUGGGUGCCUAUGUGCUUUGGUGGGGAUGUGUGGAGGAAUUCAGAAGGCUUGGCUAAAGUAGAAUCUACAUUAUGAACUUGAUUCAAGCACUGUAAGUGUUGGAAAACUGCAAUAGAGCAUCAAACAAAAUGUCAAGAUCAAGGUAAAAUGCUAAGUACUUCAUAGCCUUUGCAGCUGUUUUCUUCCUUAUCUUUCUGAAAGUGUUUUUAGCCACUAAACUCACCUGAACUUUGUUUACUGGGCAAAUCAUAAUUCUUAUACUUACAGAUUGUGACCCACUGGGAAGUGCUGUAAAAUAAAAAGCCACUAAGGCUGACCUCAGCCUCGGAAAUACCGAGUACCUUGACAAGUAUGGUGCUGGUAGAAAGCCAGACUGUAAAGCCCUGAGAGGCUGCAUGCAGCCGGUGAGUUGACUUGGGCACAUCGAAAGCGCACGUCACUGAGCUGACACUAAGCCAAAAAACUGAUAAAUUACUGAACUCUUUUCUAGAUGCACUUAAUUAUUGUGUAUUUUCUCAACAUGAGUUUUUAUGAGGGGACUUUUUAAAUGUUCAUUUUAUGAUUUUUUUACCCUUUAAAAAGAAAUAAAUCCCUUUUUGUUACAUGUGAGUAGGGCUGGGGGGGACAUUGUGGAUAAUGCAGUUUUUGUAAUAUUAUUAAAUACAUUUUCAAAACUAAGAUGUGAGAAGUCCAAACUUCUACUGCAACAGCAGUAUCUCUUUCAUGCUGCUCUGCUUGCCACUGUGAUACUUCAGUGUAUUCAAAUCCAGCAGUCGGAACCCUUGAAACACAGAAAAACCUGGGAAUCAGGUUAUGUCACCUUAGCUUCGAGGUGCGUGCUUUAUACAUAAAUACCACAUGUAUCCUGGUGUUUGUUUAGCCCCAGCACUCUUGCCCUACAUGCAUAUUGAUGUAUCUAUAGUUAAGUACAUGCUUAUAUAUAUAUGUGAUUAUUUGUAUAUAUACUAUAAAAACACAGCUAUGUUGUCGUUGUCAAAUACUGAGUAAAUCUAACAGAAAAGAGUUUAUAGGAACCCAGUUUUGUUUGUUCAUUUAAAUAUUUUAAAAUAGGGGCUGUCCUUGGGAAAUUAUUUUUCUGUACAUAGGAGGAUAUAUUUAGGACCUAAUUUAAGAGAAUAAAGAUCUGCAGUAAGAAUAUGUUAAACUAGCCUAGUUGCUUGAUAUAGUUGUCAAAGGCUCUGCUGCAACUGUAGAUGAAUUCCUUGUGCUGCUUAUAAACCUGCAAAGUGUCACUAACCCUGGAUUUAGCAGCUGUUUCUGGGAUGUUCAAGUGUUGUGCAAGUGAAGGGAGCUGGUGCUUUCUCCAAGCCCUAUGUCAGACCUGCAGGCAGCAGCUCCUGACCACUGCAGGGAGCACAUGUGGAAGGAGAGGGCUGGCAGGCAGGGUAGUAAGGGACAAAGGGGAGAAAUAGGGACAGAGCGAAAAAGUAAGAGCUUGGUGAGCAGUGGGAUCUCUGCCCCCCCACCCCGGAAAAUGUGUGUGGGUGUCCAUUGAGUGAUGGAUGGGAAGGAAAAUCCCUCCCAGCUGUGGUGGCUGCUCCAUGGGAAUGGCCUCAUGGUGUAACCUGCUCCUGCCAGGAGGAAGAGGGAAGGUUGUGUGUGGGACCAUAGUGCUGGUCUCAGUGCUUGGCCAACUCGCUGCUCCUGCUCUCAGUCCAUUCUUUCCUAUCUUACCACAUCUUUCAGGCUCUCCUAGGUUUGCACCCUGGGGAUGGGAUGCUUUUGGAGUGACCAGGCCUGGGGUCUGUAGCAUUCGUGUGAUCCUAAAAAUCACAAAGACUUUGUAAGAUAAGAUCUGGCCAAACAGGAGAAAAAGGUACUUCUUUAUUUUUUUUUCCCUCAGAGAAAAUGGAAUUAAUUUGUAUUGUGCAUUUCUGUCACAUCAAACUGUUCUACAGUAAAACAUUCAUACUGUGAAGUUGUCUUCUUUUGGUUUUCAAAGCAUUUGUAAUAGGUGUAAUGAAUAAUUAUGGCUCAGACAGCACUGUUUCUAGCAAGACAGUUCCAAUUGUACUUUGAUUGCUGCAAAUGUCACGUUUCCUCAGCCACACUUUGUUAAAUAAUUCUAUUAUCAGACAUGGUCCACUUCAGCAAAAGCUCUUAAAAUGUGUUCACCUCCUUAAGGAAUUGUGCUGCUUCCGAGACUGCAGUCACCAAGGUGAAAACUGACAAUGCGGUUUUAGGCUGUGCAAUCUGUUUGGCUUGGAUGAGACUGUAGUUGUGUGAGUGAAAUUAUGCAAGAAUAAAUCCCUUUUUCUUUUCAAGUUUAA